UGGUAAUAACAGUCACGCACAUCAGUACUUAAUCAUUAAACGAUCAUCGUCAAGUUUACGUGCACACCAGCUCUACCGGUCACAUCCAACUAGUUGUUCCAUCGCGUGUGUCGGGCAGUGCGAUCACGUCGAGUCGCGGUAGUAGCGGAAAAAAAAAAAAAAUCAUUUUUAGUUGAUCAUGUCGGCUUCGCUUUUCGUUCCCUACGAGGAGGAGUUGAAAAAAAACCCCGAACUCAAGGAGUCGGACGUCCAAGCGCUGAGGGAUUGGUGCGCCAAGCAGCCGCACCUGCCGAACAUCACCGACACCGAGCUGGCCUUGUUCCUCCACAGCAACUAUUACCGACUCGAGCCGACGAAAAGCACCAUCGAUGCCUUUUACACGGUUCGCACCCACGUGCCCGAGUUCUUUGCCAAUCGAGACCCGCUCAGCGUCAAGGAGUUGCGCCAGGCUUUCAAUGUCUCAACCGUGAUGCCGUUCGAGAGGACGACAAAGGAGGGCUACUCGGUGAUAUUCGCGAAGCUGAUAGACUUUGAUCCGUCCAAGUACGUGUACAACGACAACAUGAAGUUUUUCAGUAUGAGCAUAGAUCUGUGGAUGUACAGCCACGGGACCAUCAAGGGCCACAUAAUACUCGUCGACACGAGUAACGUGGCCUUCGGUCACGCGGCGCGCAUCAAUCCACUGGGCCUGAAAAAGUUCCUCUACUAUCUCCAAGAGGCACUGCCCGUCAGGCUCAAGGGCCUCCACUUUAUGAACACCAACGCUGCCAUGGACGUCAUCCUCAACAUGAUGAAGCCCUUCAUGAAGAAGGAACUUACGGAAAUGUUACAUCUGCACUCGUCGUUGGAGAGCCUCGACAAAUUCAUACCGAUCGAGUUUCUUCCGAACGAGUUGGGCGGCAAAGCUGGGCCGCUGAUGGAUUUGCACAGAGCGCAGGUGAAGAGGAUCGAGGAGCAUCGGGAUUGGUUCGUCGAGGAGGAGUCCCAGGCGAGGGUCGACGAGAGCAAGAGGCCCGGCAAGGGUAAAAACGCUACCGAUCUUUUUGGGGUCGAGGGUAGCUUCAAGAAACUCGACAUUGAUUGAUUUGUCUCUAUUUUGUUUUUAAUUAUUGUUUCGGACAUUGUUACGUUUAGUCCUUUGUAUACGCGGUGUUAUUUUGAAAUUUAUCGGAAACCGAUUUUUGGCUCUUGAAUUUUUUGGAUUACGAAAUUAAAUGAUGCUUUGAAAUAAAGAGGUUUGGAAAAGUCA